AUGUUUUUCAUAAAACCUGUGGUCUCACUAUUUUUAUGCACGCUGUUAAUUGGGCUGGUUCAUUCUAAAGAACAACUCUUUCCUAUAUAUGCUACUGAUAUCCAAACUAAUGAAAAAUAUCCAUUUUUUACGGCUUCUAUCGAUGAUACAACUUUAGAAACAUGCAUUAAAGAUAUCAAUACAAACAUUCCAGAAAACUUGUAUUGUGUUUCCGUCGAACAUCAAUCGUGCUUUAGCUUAGUUAAGUUGCACUCUGCCAACAAUUCUUAUAGUUUAGAAAUCAAUCCAGAUGAAAAUGGAAAUUAUAAAUUCUCCUUGAAGCGCGAUCCAAGCAUAGCACAAUAUAAAGAUGGUAUUAGUAUUGUUCCCAUUAUACAAGCCUCCAUCAAUGGGUCAACACCAGAAGUUACAAAAUUGAAAAAGGUUACUAAGCAAUAUCCAAAGAAAUCAAGUAAGAACAAUGAUAGGGGAAGUGCAUCAUUCAAAGAAGAUGUUAACGAUGACUCCAUUGAUGAAAAGGAAAUGAGUUUUAUCCAAAAAAAUUGGAGAUUGGUUGUUUUGGGACUGUUGAUCUAUUUCUUUGUUUCAAGAAAUGCUGGUGAAAAUAAUGAUGGUAGUAAAGAAGAAAACAAAUAA